AGUUGACCAUAACGGCAGUGUGGUGCAGUUGGGAAAUGGGGGGGAGCGAGACAUUGUCCUGGGGAUGUCCUAUUUGUUGGCACAAUCUUCCAGCAGCGUGGGGAAGUACAUAACAUAACAAUAUUGGCCAGAGGCGCUUUGGAUUACUAACCACGGACCAGUAAGAUAGAAAUACAUUCUAGAGUGAGCGUGUGUGCUAGGAGGAUCUGACCAUCGGCUGGACAUUAUACGGUGAAAUUUGAGUGUUUUUUUUUUCUAAUGUGUUUCCACUAUUUGUGUGUGUGUUUCAAAGUAUUGGCCAGUUACUUUUCAACAUGUAAUCCUAGCGUAAUUAGGGGUCUCAAGCUGUGUAUGUAGACCUCGUAAAUCUGUUGCUUUAUAGUCCCAGGAGUGUAUCACGCUAAAUGCUUAAAGACCAGAUAAUGUGAGGGCUACGAGAUUAUCCCCAAUGACCAGUGCCUAGGAGUGGUCAGCCGGUCAGUUCUUUAUGCCAGACUUUAAAGCUGACUCUCGAAUGUAGGCAGAGUACUAAUGAGGCUGAGAAAAGCCCCUUUGAACUUUGACCUUGUGCAUAGACUUUAGUUACACUAAGACGUGUAAAAAGAUUAACAUUCUACUAGCUUCGUUCCAUAUCCCUUCAUCUCACGGAGUGACAUUUGAAAAUGCUUUCCUAAAUUGAAGAGUCGCCAUGUUCCCGACUACGUAUUUGAUGAGCUUAAUUCGAAGUGACUGAAGAAAUUUUUAAAACAGAUAGGGGAGGAAAAAGGUGGUGAUAUCGUUGCCAUGGUGAUCACAAUUCGGCAAUACUCGUCCGACCUUCAUGUCCGGAAAAGGCGGCUGGCCGAUCAUCUUCGAUCACAAUGAGCAGCACGGCGUUCGACAUCCACUCCGACAGGAUCCCCCUGACCAGGCCCAGGCCCGGGGGGACCCCGGCCAUGAAGGCGAGGGUCAAGCGGCAGGCCACCUCCAGCUACUUGGGCUCGGCCGCUGCGGGGGCGGAGAACACGCCGAAGAGGUUCGCGCACGAGGUGGACGGCCUUGACGACGGCGGGGACGAGAGGGUGUUGCUGAACGUGGGCGGGGUCAGGCACGAGACGCACGUGUCAACCUUGAGGACGAUCCCCAACUCCAGGCUGUCUCGUCUUGCGGAGGUGCACCUGGAUAACGGUGGUGGCAGACAGGAGUACUUCUUUGACCGCCACCCUGCGGUCUUCAACUCCAUCAUUGACUUUUACCGAACAGGAGAGCUCCACGUACCGUUGGAAGUCUGCGGGGCAGUGGUGAAGCGCGAGCUGGACUUUUGGCAGAUCAACGAGCUGGAGAUCAAGGCUUGCUGCUGGAGACACUACCGCUCUUACAUCGAAAACCAGCACAUCCUCAACUCUUUCAACCACAGUCUCCGCAGCCAGGCCGUGGACAUCGAUCUCAACGUUCUGACUGGGUGGAAGAAGAUUCAGUGGACGGUCUGGCUUAUCCUGGAGUACCCACGAACAUCAAGAUUAGCCAUGGUGUAUGGUGUGACGUCAUUCAUGUUUGUCGUGACGUCAAUAGCAGGAUUCUGCCUGGAGACGUUGCCGGAACUCAGAACCAACAUCACUAAAAUAACACCCUGUGAUGGGGAGAACUCCACCCAGAUACGGGUGAUGAAAUCCCAUGAUGCCUUAAAUACCCUAGAUAUUAUAUGUACUGUCUUCUUUACACUGGAACUCAUCCUCAGGUUCAUAUUUGCGCCCUUCAAGUUCAAGUUUGUCAAAUCCCUGAUGAACAUUAUAGAUUUGCUAGCUCUUGUGCCUCUCUAUGUCCAGGUUAUUUUUACAGAGUCAGACAAUAUGCAAGCCUGCUACUUAAAUGAACGUUUUGUUAUAGAAAUAAUGUUUAUUCUGCGCAUCAUUAGGAUGUUCAGAAUAUUUCAUUUGGUCAAGCACUAUCAAGCUUUGAAAGUAUUGGUGUAUGCUAUCAAAGCCAGUGUACAAGAACUGCUUAUGCUUUUUAUCUUCCUGCUCAUCGGAAUGCUAAUUUUCUCUACAAUGAUCUACUACGCUGAACGUAAGAACACUACAGAAGCUGGAGACAUGUUUCCCACUAUCCCAAUAGGAUUCUGGUGGAGCAUCGUCACCAUGACCACUGUUGGCUACGGGGACAUUUAUCCUACAACACCCAUCGGCUACAUCGUUGGCACAGCAUGUUCCGUGUGUGGUGUACUUAUGGUGGCCUUGACCAUUCCAGUAAUUUCAAACAACUUCACGUUGUUCUACAGGCACAUUCAAUCCAGAGCCGCUGUUCCUAGGAGUCGAGGGGGUGACGGCUCUGAUUUUGACUCUGGGGACUCUGAUAAGUCAAGUUCUAGAAAGUCAUCUAUAGCAUCUAAUGCUGUUGCCUACAUGAAUGGGCAUGUGACAGGAGUUAAUCCUUAUGGUAAAAAGAAGUCUAGUUCCACUGCACGAUGGUCUCAGGCUGAAUCAACAACAAGCGUAUCUUUGAAAAAGUCAGCCUCAGACUAUGUUUUCCAUCGGAACCGUUCUUUUCGAGCCUAUUCGGAUGAUGGAGUUAUGUACAAAGGAGAAACUGUUGUUUGAAACAUUGUUCUGAGAACAUCUCUACAUAAAUAUAGACUAGAGAUGGAACCAUGGUCUUAUUCAAAAUGUCUGUUACUUGAAAUAUGACUCAAAAACUUGUCAUUAUUAAGUUGAAGGUUCAAAAGGCAUUUCAGUAUUGGAGAGUCCCUCAAAGAAUGCUUUUAGGAUAAGGAACUAAAAACUGAGGGUUACAUCCUAUUUCUUCUAGCCCUAAUGUUUAUAUGAUUAUCAAUUAUGCACAUAUUUUAAAUAAAUAUGUGCCUUGUUUUUUUUUUCUUAAGCUGCGUUUCUUUGAAAAUGCAAUCUGCAAUAAUUUUAAAAACAAAAACCACAUGAAUCACAUUUUCCUUUGAGCACAUUGACAAUAGUGAAAUAGUUAUAACUUAUUCCAUUUUUUUUGGUCCAAUCACCUGCAAUCAUUUGACAUCUUUUACGUGACAAUUUCUUUUAAUUUUUUUUUAAGUGUAAAAUAUUUGUUAAAAACUAUUCUUAAUGUUAUUUAUGUGUUAUCAUCCUUUUGAUAUAAAACAAAAAUGGCUACCGUUAUUGUAAAUUUUUUUAAAAAUUAAGUUUACACUCAGCUAUAGGUGAGGACAUUUUGUUUUUAUACUGCUACUGUACUUAUGUAAAUAGUAUUUAAAUUGAUUACUUCCACGGUGGUGUUCAACUUUUGACCCUUGUGAUGAUUUUUAAAAAUUUUACUUUAAUUUUUCUUUUUUUUCCCGCUAAUUUUCAUUCUCCUAUCACCAUUUCGCCAGUCACAACGAUCAACUCACAGUUUGUUAUCUUCCAUUGUUUUAUAAUCUAGGACCUCAUAAACCUACCUGUCUUCUCUGACUGAUGCCAUAUAGUUUUUUUUUGUUUUUUUUACAAAGCUUAUAUCAACUCACUUAUUCUGUCUGUCUGGUACAAAUUUUUUUUCCAGGAUAUUUCUCCCACUUAUUCUUAGAUCAAUCUUUUCACAAUUAUUCAUUGUCCCUAACAAAACAUGAAUCAAUUGAAAAAUUAACCAAUUAAUGAAUUAAUUGGUGGCAUCUAAUUAUUUUUGUUUGAUAUAGAGAAGGGGAGAUAAAUCUUUACAGUAUUGAGAGAGAGUUAUGGCUGUAAAUGUGCACUUCUUUCCCUUAUAUAUCUAUAUCCUCUUUUUGUUCCAAUUAUUUUUUAUACUUUGCUUGUUUGGCUGUCCUUCAGAAUUGAUCGAUCAAUUUUUAUAUGUACAAAGAUAAAUGAUUCUAGAUCGUUCACUAAGCAUCACUGAAGUCUUUAAUUACAAAGUAUAUACAAUGUUUUCUAAGCACAAUAUAUCUUUUUUUUAAGACCUUUUGAAUUUAACUUAAAAUGACAUUAAAAACAAAUAAAAAAAUUUUAGAGUUAAAAUCAACAUUUGACAAACUGAAUAUUUGAAAUAUUUAUACACUUUCGUUUGAAUUUCUAUUUCAGUAUUUUACCAAUAUAAAAUAUAUACAUUCUUUUUUCAUAUUAUAUUCACAAUUAAUUUAUUGUACUUGUUAAUGGUAAAAGUAUUACAUUUUUUCAAUUACUUUUCUUUUUGUUUCAAAUGCUAAAUUUGUGCUAUUGCUGUAGAAAUGUGUCACAUUUUAGUCCAGCCAAGUUUCUCUUUUUAAUUUUGGCUUUAUUUCUUAUGAUUAGCUUGGAUUUUUUUUUCAUUUGUUCUCAAGACCUAUUUGUUGACUACAUACCAUUUUCUUUAAACUCGAGUGAGGACUGUACCAAUAACAAACUGCUGUUUUUGUGUAUAUAAUGAACUUGUAUAAAGUUUGUUUAUCUAUAGUGAAACCUCUGAAGUGUCAUUUGUGUCUGCUUUUAAGUUUGUAAAGUAAUUUCAUUCCUAGACAGGUCACACUUUUUAUUUUCCUCACAAAGGUACAGUGGUGUAGCUGGCCUACAAGGAAGAGGGAGUAGAAGUCAAGAUUCAAGUUCACUCAGCCUUCUAGCAUAAGGACAUUUCUUUAGUUCACUCAGCCUUCUAGCAUAAGGACAUUUCUCUAGUUCACUCAGCCUUCUAGCAUAAGGACAUUUCUCUAGUUCACUCAGCCUUCUAGCAUAAGGACAUUUCUCUAGUUCACUCAGCCUUCUAGCAUAAGGACAUUGCUCUAGUUCACUCAGCCUUCUAGCAUAAGGACAUUUCUCUAGUUCACUCAGCCUUCUAGCAUAAGGACAUUGCUCUAGUUCACUCAGCCUUCUAGCAUAAGGACAUUUCUCUAGUUCACUCAGCCUUCUAGCAUAAGGACAUUGCUCUAGUUCACUCAGCCUUCUAGCAUAAGGACAUUGCUCUAGUUCACUCAGCCUUCUAGCAUAAGGACAUUGCUCUAGUUCACUCAGCCUUCUAGCAUAAGGACAUUUCUGAAAGUACAUCAAAUAAUUAAAGACUAAAUCUAUCACUAGGUUCUCAGUGCUAUACAAAGAAGCAGGGAAUAGAACAUGAGGAAUACAGCAUGAUGGGAAAACCAUCAAAUAAUUGACAGGACUGUCAUCAUUGAAAACUUCUAGACAUGGCCAAAGACAUGUGCAGAGAGGAAUGGAGAAAGAUGGUCAACAGAUCAUAUGUGGUGCCCCUAUAGUCAAACAAAGGGAUAGGUAAAAGUGAAUAUUUCCUCAUUGACCAAGAUCAUUGAAUACUGUUGUCAAUAUCAUCAUGGAAUGUGUUUAGCCCUUAGUUUAAUUUCUAUUGUUCAAUAACUUUCUGGCCUCUGUAACAUUGAUUUACUGGCUUGCAAGAGCACUAAAACAUGUUCUAAUUACACACGUUAUAAUCAUAUUUACGUUUUUAUUCACUUGCUAACCCUAACCUAUACAAUUAGCAGAAUUAGUUCAGGGAAAUUCAAGAUGGCCAUAAUUUUGCUUCUCUUUCAUUGUAUUUAUUGAUUUUUUGUUUACAAAGUGUGUAAGUAUUUAUUAUGAACAGUUCACUGCUUAUAGCUUUGUGUGAUCAUUCUGUAUAAUGUAGACACUUGUCUUCCACCAAUCAUGUAUCAGCUAGCUAACACUGACACUGUAGUCUGAGAUUAGUGAUUCAUUCAAAUCAGCAUUUCUUGUUAUCUUCUGCCCAUUCCCCCAACAAGUUUUCUUACUGGUUUAUUCUAUUAGCUGUAGAUUUAAAUAUAGAGCUGUACCUUUAGAAAAAUCUAAGUGUUUUUCAUCCCUGAUAAUAGAAAAAAAAAUUCAUUUCAUAUAUUAAACAUUUUUCACAUCUAUUCAUUUUUUUUUCACCUUCUUAUAAUUUUUCUAGAUAACUAUUAAAUGUAAAAUUGGAAAAACUUUUAUAUUUUCAUUGAUAAUAUCAUUAAAUUCCUUAUAAAACUGAGUGAUAUUGAACAUUUCAUCCAAAACUUGUUUUUCUCGUAGCUCUACCAAUUGAUCAGAAUAUUUUUUUGUCAUACAAAAAUUAAGGAUAACCGAAGUUGACAAAUUUUGUAUUAUUUAUAUAUAAUAAUUAUUUAGAAACAUGUUUAGAAUUUCCACUUUUUAAUUGUAUCAAAAAUUUAAUGUAAAAACCUUUGAAGUUGUUUUAGGAUUUAAAAAAACAAAGUUGGCUAUGAGAAAUACACACUUGCAUUAAUUUUGCUAUACAAAUGAUUUUAAAAAAUAUGCCUUUUUUUCUUGUUUGUAUAUGUCUAUGGUGACAGGUUAUUAAUUUUAUGGUUAUUAAAAUAUUUUUUACUAAUAAAAAAAAGGGCAAAGGUCUGUAAAAAAAUUUACAUGCAAAUUAACAACUUAUUGAUAUUCUUUAGGAAAAAAACUAACUGAUGUUUUAAGGAUAAAACCAACAGAUAUUCAUUAGGAAACAAUGAAGUGAAGUUCCCUAGGAAUCAACUAAUUGAUGUUCUUUGGGAAACAACUGAUGUUCUAUAGUUAUUAUAAAUUUUUUAAAUAAAAAAAAAGAGUUAUUAUUCCCCUCCCUUUUGUUUUAUUAUUUUGUUUUUGUAUUAUAUGAUAAGAAUCUAGUUUGCCAUAAUGUAAUUCCCUUCCAGUGUAUAAACUUGUUACUUGUUAUGUAAAAUAACAUGUUUUGAUCAAAUCAUAAUGUUCCUUUUUUCUUUUUAAAAAGUCCAUCGCAUAUUUGAAUUUAGUCAUGCCUUUUUUAUAUUAGUUCUCUUUGACUCUUUUAUUAUUGCAAUGGUGAAGACUGGCUAUUUUCUGUCCUAGUUUGGUCUAGGCCUACUGUAUAAGAGUAUGAGAAACUGAAUUAACUAUUGAGUGUGCCUUUACUGGAUUGUAUGUUCUUUUUCAAGUAGUUUUAGUUUUUGUUUUGUUCUUAUUGAUGUGCUAAUGUAACAUUGUUUCAGGAUGUUUACUCAAUACAUGUUUUGCUUUAUUUUUUUUCCUCCUAUUUUACUAAUAAGCUAUAACACUCAAAUCUGUGAUUACAAUUUUUUUUUAUAUUAUUAUUUUGUGUGUGUAAUUAUAUUUUUUUUUUUUUACAAAUUGAAACGCAGCAAAACUUCAAUACAUGCUAAAGGUGUUACUCUAAUGUAUCAUAUCAUUUAUGGCAGUGUUUCCCAAGCUGUGUUCCGUGGUAACUUGUGUUCCAUGAGGCCUGAAAAGGUGUUCCAUGAAUGAAUGGAAUAAUUAACUAGUAGGCCACCACUAGAAUUAAUCUCUCUUAAAAAAAAUAAGCAAAGUGUUCCGCUAAAUACUCAGAAUGUGCAAAGUGUUCCGUUAUGGGAAAUGUUUGGGAAACACUGAUUUAUGGUUGUUCAUUUUGUCCAUGCACUGGCUGACCUACUUCUUCAUCAUUCCCUUUUAUUCCCGACAUUCUAACACUUUUAUUCUUUUGGCUAGUGUCCAGUUAGCUACACUGACAUUAAUAUAAGCUAUAAGAGAUAGUCACUGUGACCUUGUGCCAUUGUCUUUCCAUUGCCUUCAACCUGGGGAAGGGGACAAAGUAUUCUGAGUGUAAAAACAAACCAGGAAGGUCAAGGUACCCAGUACCAUAAAACUGGUUCAUCAGAAAGUUUAACUCAUUUCACACUUUAUCUCACAUAUGGUUAGCAUUCUUUACAGUUUUUAUUGUGUGUGGGGGUCUGAUGAAACCCCCUAUCUAUCAUCCUAGUAAACUACCCCCAAUCUAUUGUUAAUUUCUAAAGCGUGUUUCCCUUCUUGGGCUUUCCAGUUGUGGGGCAAUGUCAUGAAAUGUGGUUCUGAAGAUGAGGAAGUGUAAAUUUAAACUUCCAAAGUCACAGUUUUGAGUUCAGAUGUGUAAGUUUUGUUGAUUUCUUGAAAUAAAAUAAUAGAUGCUGUAGCACCCAUAUAGAAAACUUUUUUCAUCUUUAGACAUGUUAACCAUAUUUUUGAGUGAAAGUGAUGUCAGGGGCAAAAAUGACUGAACCUGCUGAGCAAACUUUUUAGACUACUUUGAUUAACCUGACUUAAAAUUACAUGUAAUACAAUUUUUAAUUGUUUGGCAAUUGUAUUCUACACAGAAUUUAACAGUUUUAAGCUAGUAAAAAUUAUAUGAACUGGUCAAAUGCUAAUUUCUAAAAAAGUAUCUUUAACCUAUGCUCUGAAAUGAAGUCAUAACACACCUUCUAUAGAAAAUGGUUGCUAGGAGGUACACCCUUUUGUUAAUUCUGGAUCUCAGAGCUAUUGCCUGAUCAUUUAGUAUACACUCUGGACUGUUGUCUUGAUGGUUCAGGGUUUAAACUCUGCCAGCCACCUUCUUAUGCCAUCCUGCUGUAAUUUUGAGCUAGGAUGUAGUAAUCUUCAAUUCUGAUGGAACAUCUGAAAUAUAUAGAACAAACAAUUCUGGUGUAGUUUGACUUUUUCUUUAGUUGAAGCAGUGGUCUUGCAGGUAAAAUGGCACCCAGGUUAUCUGAUGAACCAAAGAGUGGAUGUCUCAUUUACUAAUUUUUUUUUAAAAUCAUAAGCCAAACACUGACCUUUUUUAAUUAGCCAUUAUGACAAGUGAAUUAUUCUCUAUAUUAAAGGGAUAAUUGUUUUUAUGACAGGGUUUUAUAUACAUACUUGCUUUGAACAUUGAAAGGGACCAAACCAUUAGUUCAGUUAGAGAUUUAUGCUAAGAGGACUAUUCUGUUUCCACAAUCAAUAGCUGUACAAACAUUUUCUAAUAGCUACUUGACAUAUUCUGUGUACAUGUCCUCAUUCACUUGAAACUUUUCAUCACUGUGUGAUAUCUGCAUUCCAUAACAUUUACAGAAUACAUAUCUUUGACAUUGUGUGUAUCUGUUUCGCUUUGAAUCAGUCAUUUUUAAAUCAAUCCAAUUUUUGUUUUAUCAAGCUGUUUUCUAAUUUUUUUUCAAUAGUCUCUUAAUUAGAUUAUAGCAAUAAAGAAAAUAAUGCUAGAUUUUUUUUUAAAACUAAAAUUAACUGGCAAGUGCUUUAUUUGUUGUUUACAUAUUGGGCAUAUAUUGGGCAUGUGUUACACUAGUAACUAGUGAUUGCUUGUUUGUUUUUUUAAAUUAUGGUCGCUCAUGGAUUUAUGUAACCUUCAAUGAAACAUGGGAUUAGGGGGAGGACUUUAUUUCAGUGACUAUCUCAGUGUUCUACCAUUUAGGAUUUUGUUAAUUUAUCUGUAUAAUGCAAGGUAAUAUAUCAUGUGCUUCUGUUCCUGCUUUCUAUGCAAAUAAAAAAAAAUCUAUUGUUUUCUUUUGUAUUACAAUUAUUGAUUGUAUGACUUAUUCUGGCCUUGACCUUUUGCCUGUGUACAAGUUCCUUCACCCUGGCACUGACAUAUAUAUAUAUGUGUGUGUAGAAACAAACACAAAAUACUCAGCACUUUGAUCUCCAUCAGUUGUUAGCAGAAGAGCUAAAAGUAAAAAAAAAAAAAAAUAUCUCCAUCCCACAGGCCUAUAUAAUAUAUAUAUAGGUCUGUGCUCAAUCCAUUUUCUGCAUCCCAAUGUUCAUUCCCAGACUAAAGCAGUGUUCUAUAUGUGUGUGUCUAUAAGCGCCCUAGAUUUGUAGUUGGUGUGCACCACCGAGACUAAUACUCAAUUAUUGUAGUGAAGGUGAUUGUCCAGUUCUCUAACAAGUUUCAACCAUAUUCUCAGUUGUUAUUUAUUAAUUCUACUAAUGCUUCCUUUUAUUUUAAGCAUGUACAAAGUGUAAUAUUAAACUUCUCAUGCCAUUAUUUACAGUAAUUUUUUAUUUUCUUUUUUACAAAUUCAUAGACUAUGUGGCUUUACUGGUGUUUGUUUUAUUUCCCAAACAUUCUCUCCUUAUAUAGUCUUUCACUAUUUAACAUCAGUUUGCUUGAUAAAGCAGUUUAAUGGCCAAUUGCUAGUCAAUAUUGCCUGAUUCAUCACUUCCCAAAUUAGUUUGAUAGAAACAAUAGGAGAGUAUAUACACUUUGAUUCUAGUUCUAGCAGAUAGUUUUAUACUUACAUUUCAAGAUCUAUUUAUAGUUAUACAUAUUUGCAUGUUAUUUUGUAAUGAUUUUGAGGAGAUAAAGGAAUUUCAAGAAAAGUUUUCCAGAUAUAAAGGUUACAUAAAAGCAGUGUAUAUAAUACAUAGACAUUGUCUAAAAGUAUAUGGAGCAUGUGAUUAGGGGAGGGACAAGUUUUUAUAAAGAUGCUAUAAAUGAUGUUAUCUUUCUUUUUUAAUCAUUGCAAAUGUCUGGCCUAAGGAAAAUUCUCAUAAAGUGUACUUUUCAAGAAAGGUAAACUUAUUCUGGUUCAAAAUUUAUAAUCUUUAUGAAGCAGUGGUAAUAUAGGCACAAGAUAAACAAACUGAAAAGUGCAGGCUCUUCUCUUCUAUAUCCAAGCCUAUCCCUACCCAUUCUUUUUUUUUUCAAAAUGUCUGAUUGUGUGUGGAGUUCAGUGUGGGUUUGAACUGAAGAUUUCUUGUUUCACUUGGGGUGGAGAGAGUAAGAAGACUUGAAGCAAUAUAAAAAAAAAACAGUUGCCAGAAUAAAACACAUAUGUAGAUUAUCAAGUUUUCUUCCUUGUGUUUUAAUGGGUUUUUUAAACUCAACAGUUUUGAGUUUUUAAGGAAAUGAUUUCUGCUUCUCAUUUACUUAUGACAUUUGUGCAAUGACUUAUGCUUUAGAUAAAUGGUCCUAGCAAUAGAAUAUGAAAGACACAGUGAAAAACCUCAUCACAUUUGAUGUUCCAUGCCUGCGCAACACUUUGUAGAGAAGAGCUUUGAAUCAAUGUAUAGCAUAUGUAUGGGUUUGUUCAGUCAUAGGACAUGACUUUUUUUUUUGUUAGAGAAUUUCAAUGCACAUACAUUUAUAUGGGAGUCGACAAAAUCAAAUGUAGCAACACAACAAACUGGUAUAUUCCGUUGAGUUUUGUUUUUUAAAGAUACCAUGUCAAAUUUCUCAUUGUUUAAGUGGAUUUAUCUUUGGGGUGUUAAUACUCUGGCUUGAGUUAAAAGUUGAAUACACAAUUCAAUAAUGAAAGGGGAGGUCAUUAGAAAAGCAUUACUAACUUUGACAAAACUUUCCUUGAAUAAUCUUAUUAAUGUCUCAUAUUUAUUCCUAGAACAAAAUUACUUAUCAUUGACACAAAAAUGUAAAUAUAACAAAAGUCUAUUUGCAAGUCUUUUUUUUUUUUUUAAAGUUUACUAUUAUAUCUAAUUCCUCUCUGUGAUAUCUAAGGGCAUCAUCAAAAGGAACAAAAGUACAAAUUUAGUUCCUGCUAUAAAUAAACAUUACCCAACUUGAAUCAAUAUUUUCCACUGAUAACUCCUUUGGAACAGGGCAUACCAAAGUCUAGAUGUCACCUGCUUCUAGUAAAUACUUUAUAAUUUUAAUACAACAGGUAAUUUGAACCUUCUGGUCAUAUUUGUUUAAUAACAGCUGUCUAUUUUUAUGUCUUAAAGAUAGGAAUGGAAAAAAAGGAAAGUUUGCUAUGUUGCUACAUGUUGCACCAACUGUAAAUAUCCUGUUUCUGGUAGAGUUUCACAAAAUUAUUAACAUUUACUUGACAUAUUUAUAAAUUAUCCCCCACCACAUCCCCAUAGACAUGCCCUAUUUUUUUUUUUUUUGUAAUAUAAAAAAAAUGACACUAAAAAUACCAGUAAAUGUGAAAUACAAAUUUUAAUGUCUUUUUUUACGUUUUUUUUUUUUGUUAUUCUCUUCUUAAUGCUGACUUCUUAUGACAUUGUGAUAUUAGGUCAAUAUUUUUCUGUUAAUAUAUUUAUUUUUUGCUUCAUCAAUUGCUGUUUUAUUCAGUCACUGAUUUGUAUAGUCAAUUCCAAUUGUUGAAACAAAACUUUUUUUGCCUUUUAAUAAAAAAUUCUCUUGAUGCACACGG